AUGAAACAACCAAUUGCUAAUGAUAAAACACGUUGUGCUGUACUUAUUUCUACUAAUGAUACUUCAUUACUUUCACUUCUUGCUUACAGUACAUCAACACUUGAAUGUGCAUUUGAAAUUGUUCUUGUUCUUUCAACAUUAGCCAGUCUAUCAGAUAAAGCUCGUGUUAAUGAAUUAUAUCCAUCAGUGGUUACAAAAGUUAUUCAACCAAAAAAAUAUGCAGCACGACAUUAUGAUCUAGUAAAUAAUUUCAUUUAUAUUAUUCAUUUAAUGAAGAAAAUUUUCUUUGCUAUUUCAUAA